AUGUCAGAGACCGGGACUCGGAGAACUCCGUUAGCAACGAAUUGGACAAAGAAUUUCAACAUGGAAAACGUAUCAAACAGACUCAACAUCAACUCAGAAAAAGACUCCCAAGACUUGUUACUUCGAAACAUCAGAGCAUUGCCAGAACGAGAGCCACUACCACCCAGCACAAUGGCCUCUUCGUCAACACAACUGCCACUCAUGUCUCAGUGUUGGUUGGGCUCAUCUCCGUUUGACAUUCCCUCCUCAGUGGAACCUAGGCCUGGGAGCUUUGACCUCUUCCCGGCUGCCGCCGCGGCGAACUCCCCUCCCCGACCCGCUGGCGCAAGCCGCCACCAAGGAUUAAAGAAGCACCAUCUCGAGGACGUUUGA